AUGCAAAGAUGGAAACGACGAACGAAAAUCGCUUUAAUUUCGAUUUAUUUACUGAUGGGAUUGCUUAUUUGUGUGGAAUAUCAGAAAAAAGAUGCUCUAUCGAGUAUUCCCAUUACUGAAAACGUCAGAGAAGCCGCUUUUCAAAUACCGAUCAUGAAAUAUAAACAAUUUUGCAUUCGACCAAAUGUUUUGAGCAAUACAAUCACCGAUUUCGAUCGUAUCGCUCUCAUUUUGCACACAAGUGCCGAUUAUUUGGACGAGAAAUUGGCUGAUCAGGUGGAAAAUUGGAAAGCCCCAGUCUCACUGUCGAUUUAUCUUGAGCGUCCUGAGAUCGAGUUCUCCUGCUUGCGCGCUUUUUUAAAAGAACUAGCCACCAAUCGACCUGCAAUCAUCGAGCAUCUUCGCGUUCAUUUUGUUUAUGCUCAAGACAAGGAUGGGGAUUGUGGGAUUUCCGAUUUUCAUCCCAAAGAGAAUGAAGUAAAUUGCGUAAAGAAAAAUGAGAAGAAAUCCGUGGAAGCGACUGCCUCAUAUCCAGUAAAUGUCAUUCGAAAUAUAGCCAGAAUGUUUUCUGAGACAAAAUACAUUGUGAUUGCCGACUAUGAGCACAUGUUUUCCGAUAAAUUUGAGGCAGAUGUGCGAAAGGUAGCAGAGAAAGCUUUGGAAAUAAAUCCAAAGCAAUUACUUGUCUAUAGGAUAUUUGAAGUCAACGAAACAUCAACCAGAGUGCCAAAGAAUCGAAACGAACUCACGGAUAUGUUGGCCAAGAAGGAAGCUAUCGUUUUUCAUGCGGCUUAUUAUGGGCAUGCGCAUGCGAUUGAUGGACUCGAGAAAUGGUUGCAAGAGAAUUCCACAUUUGGUAUCUCGCAAAUUGUUAUGAAAUAUGAUCGUUUCAAUUGGGAACCCCAAUUCGUUUCAUUGGCCACCAUUCCGCUACACGAUGAACAUUUCCCUUAUCAAAUUCGAGACAACACGUGUUUGCGAUGGGAGCUCUGCCGUGCUGGAUAUCAAUUCUCUUUACUUUCCUCACACUUCAUGUACCAUCAUGGAAUCAAAGUUUUCGCCUCAGACAAGCAGGUUUUCGCGAAAGCCGUUCAGAAAGAAAACGGAAAACGAUUCUGGACCGCAUUGAAGCUAUUCAAUCAACGAAUGGAUCGACUGUAUCCCGAGACGAAAAAACAAUGUCCAACGCCGAACGCG